CAUUGGAUAAAUGGAUGCUGGUAAUGUGAAUUAAUUAUGAAACUCGCGUAUAAGCGCUAUUUUCAAUAAACAUAAUAAAUAGAUAUCUUGUCAACAAGCGCAGCGACUUUUAAAGGUCGUUCGGUCUCUUAUGUUCUUCUAUCAAAUAUUUAAAUCAGGUUCAUUUAUACCAAAUGCAUGAUAUUGAGUGCAUGUGCCUGUGAUCAAAAGCCAAUAUUUUUUUAGAUAAUAAAAAAGCGUGCAUGUGCCAUUGUGAAAAUCCAUAUUUUAAUCGGAACUAAACAUAAUGUGUACCUACAGUAUUGCGAAAAAUGAAAUGAAAAACAUUUUCUUUUGAUUCUCAGCAGAAAAGUGCAGUGUGUUGCGGUUUUAUCUAGUUUUACAAUUUUAUUAGAAAGCCACAAAAUGAAGCUACCAAGCUUCUUAGACUCCAUGGCUGGUAUCACAUACAAGGCUAAGCCGACGUCUCUGGUCUCCCAUCAUGAAGACUACACGGUGGGGGAGACGACUGGAGGCCUGAGUGUACUGUUCACUAUCCUGUGUAUAGUGGACCUUUUUGGAGUAUUCCCUGUCAUUACGUUGCCGAAGAGUGUUAUUUCUUGUGGUAUAUACGGUCUCCCACUAGUCCUGUCAGUAUUCGGUCUCCAGCUAUACACAGCAGUUUUAUUAGGAAAAAGCUGGUUAUUAGCGCAGAAGAUCACACCUGAUAUCAAGGAGAAAAACCGGUUUCCAUAUGCUGCAAUAGCGGAAUUAGCGUUUGGUCCGUCAGCAAAGACGUUGGUGACCUUCCUCAUUGAUGCAGCGGUCUUCGGCUCUGGAGUACCUAAUUUUAUUAUUGCAUCGCAGACGCUACAGAUAUUCUGGUGGAAGAUAUCAGGUGGAGAGAUCGGUAUCACGUACUGCGUGUGGAUGGUCAUCCUAGCUCUGCUGCUGUGUCCUGUUAUGUGGCUCGGGUCACCUAAGGAUAUGAAGCCAUUAGCAAUAUCAUCAGUGUUAAUCGUGGCAACAGUAGCAGUGACUAUAUGGACCUGCAUCCUAAGGGACUAUACGUCUCCAACACCGGUGGACAACAUGGUGGCCCUUGAGCCGCAGCUCGAAGACUUCCUCAUAGCUUAUGGGAUACUGGCUUUUCAGUUCGACAUCCACCCGAUGCUGCUAACUCUUCAAGUGGACAUGAAGGACAGUAAGAAGAUCAACGCGGCAGUUCUCGGCGGCUUCGGCGUCACGGGCUGCAUGUUCGCGGUCACGACCAUACUGGCAGCCGUCAGAUAUGGCACUGCUCUUGAUAAUAAUAUAUUGCAGAGUAUACCCUCUUCGAUCCCGCUGUACCUGGUAUCGUUGUUGGUGACACUUCAGCUGUGCCUGUCGAGCGCCGUCAGCCACUCCGCGCUCUUCCAACACUUUGAAGAUAUACUCAAGAUUCCUAGAGAUUUCUGCUUUCGACGCUGCCUAUUAAGAUCAAGCGUAGUCGCCCUAGCUGUAGUUUUAGCAGAAUCAGUCCCCAGAUUCGAUUUAGUCAUGGGCCUAGUCGGCUCCACUUUAACAGGACCUCUAAUGUUCAUAUGUCCACCAGUAUUCUUCCUCAAACUAUGCUAUAUGAAAUCCAAAACGCCUUCGAACUUUUUCAAAUUGUCAGAGAAACGAAACGGAACGCAAAAUGGCGGAUUAAAAAAUGGCGGCCUGUCAAAAAGCCCGCUAAUUUUAGACGCUUUGCAGCCUAGGUAUAGAACGUUUACGGAAUACGCGGUAGAGGUUACUGAGGAUGAUGAUUACUCAAUAAGAUGGUACGAUAUUAUAUUUGCUCUGAUUGUGAUGACUUUAGGUAUAGUUGCUACGAUCGUCGCUACUUAUUCGAGUUGGUCUAACUCUAUAGCUUACGCGACGUUUAGCCCGCCUUGUUUAAUGAAUGCCACGGCAGCGGCUAGGAGUUUCCUAGAGAUCCCUAUGGCUAUUUAGAAGAACUUUAGUAAUCCAAUUUAGAACUACUUAAGUUGAACUACAGACUUGUUAUUGUUAUUUUGAUUUAGGAAUUUUAGUAUAAGGCUUUCCGACAUAGAUUUAAGUAGUUUGUUUGAGAAUUUCAUGACAUAUUACCUACCUGUUACAGUAAAAUAAAUAGCGUUUAUUAUGUAAAACGACAACUAAGUUGAUAAAAUGUACCAUAGAUCUAUUAAGCAAUAGAAUAGUAUAGUGUAAUAAAAAAAUAUAUAAGUAGA